AUGGACAAAAACUAUUACCCAUAUUGGCAUUAUUAUAAACUUAAAAAUCCGGAUUGGAUGAUGCGUCAUCAUCAAAAUAAUGAUGGCCAACUAAUCCCUUAUGAUACAGUUGAUCCUUCACAAUAUAUUGAGGAACCUGCCAUGGCAAAUACAAAACCAAAAUUAAGUCGACAUAGUCGAAAAUCUCAUCCCAAACAGUAUGUUGAUCAAGAAUUUAGAGCUAUUGAUAACUCAUUUAAGAAAUUAGAACGAACAACUUAUUUUGAAGGAAUAGGGAAUCCCCCUAUAAUUAGCAAUCAAAAUUCUUAUCUACCAUCUAUUUUGCCACGUGAAAAUCUUAGUGGAUCAAAAUCAACUGAUUCUUAUACGAAAUUCACACUUAGUAAAGAUUGGAGAGAUUCAAUCAAAUCACCUCGCAUAUAUAAAGCUGAUCCACAAACGAAAUUAUAUGAUCGUUAUUUCAACAACGUUAUAGAGAAAAAAUUGACUUCGUGA